GGGAGUAUGUGGGAAAUGCGGAAAGUUAGUGCGCCAUGGUUUAUGUAAAAUAAAUUAGAAAUACAUGUAAUUUGAACAGCAAGACUAGCUUCGGUUCAUUAUUAGGGGCAUUCUCGGGUGUUUACAAGAUUUGCCCCGUUGUUUUGAAGUUGUUUCACCGGAGAAUAUUGCAAACUAGAGGGGCCCCGGGUUAGUGGUCGGGAUGCUGGCGGCGGAAAACCCAUCGGUGGACGGACAUUUGGCAGCAUCGACUCCUCGCAGAAGAGGUAUGGCUUGCAAGUCAAACAAAAAUGCCAAGAAACUUGUACAAGCUCGUCUCCCAUUCAAGCGCCUGAACCCUGAACCUAAAGAGAACCAGCCGCCUAAACGCCCCUGUGAACAUUCCUGUCCUGAACCAGGAGUCUCAGACAGGGAGAAUAAGGACGAAUCCUCUCCACCCCUUGUGCACAAUGGACCACCCUUGGUUAAUGGUCGCGGGCCCAUUGAUGGCUUCCUCAGCCGCAGGGGUCCUGCAGCCUCAGAUGAGAACAUGGUUAUAGAUCUGACUGACUCCAACACGAUGUCUCCUGUAAAGUGCAUUGUUUUACCAGCUCCUGACUCUUCAUGCCUCCCAACAGAAGACCAGCAUCAAAGCAAAGACAAAACCACCUCCUCUGGGAAAUCCAUCAAUGCUGAGCACACUCCUAAAACACACAUUUUAGACUGCAUUGUAGUCAAUGAUAAAGUAGAAGAAGAGGAUGAGGAUGAGGAGGAGGAUGAUGAUGAUGAUGAAGAAGAAGAGGAGGAGGAGGAGGAGGAGGAGGAGGAUGAAGAAAAGGGAAAAGAUGAGAAUCAGACAUCUCUCUCUCAGCUUGACACAACACAGGAUUCUGACAGUGAGCCAGAGGAACAGAAUGAGUUAGGAAACUCCUCCAUGCUGUCAGCUUCAUCAGUCAGCUCUGUGUCUGAAAGCUCACCAGAGAAGUCCAACGCUGACGACCCAACACCCACAACUACACCCACAGAGCCAAAGAACACACCUAAGAUACCAGCAGAUGAGAAAAAGAUGAAAAGACGCUCAUUAAAGAGUUUACAAGAACAAGAGGAGAGGCUUCGGCUGCGACAGGAGAAGGAACGACAGAAGGAGGAGGCUAAAGCUGCAAAAGAGAAAAAGAAAGAAGAGGCUCGCAAACUAAAGGAGGACCGAGAAAGGGAAAAACGUGAGAAAAAGGAAAAGGAUGAGCGAGAGAAAAGAGAGAAAAAAGAAAAGGAGGAAAAGGAAAAGGCAGACAGGUUAAAAGCAAAAGAGGAACUACGGAAAUCAAAACUAGAGGCUAAACUUGAAGAGAAACGAAAGAAGGAAGAGGAGAAGCGAAUGAAAGAAGAGGAGAAACGGUUGAAAGAAGAGAAAGAUCGUUUUAAAGCUGAGAAAGCAGAAAUCACGAGGUUUUUACAAAAAGCCAAGAUUCAACAAGCUCCAAAGACACUUGCAGCAGCGUGUGGGAAGUUUGCUCCAUUUGAGAUAAAAGAAAACAUGUCUCUAGCACCACUGUGCCGGGUUCAGUGUGAGGACUCUGUUCUGGAGGAGCUAGACCAGUAUCUGUUGAACCCUGGUGAUAACCUGAGGGGUCUGAAGGAAUGGAUCGGAAGAGAACCCCGUCGGUCAGGCCCCACUCAACCCAGACAGAAAGACUUGAUCAGUGAGUGUAUAGCAGUGGAUGGGCCCAAACCAGAUGGCGUGCCAGACCGUACACGAUAUGGAUCCUUGAAGUUGUUGCAGUUUCAUGAGAACUACCGUCCAGCGUACUGGGGCACCUGGAGUAAGAAGAGCUCACACAUCUCCCCUCGCUGCCCCCUCAGACAAGACAAGGAUUUGUUGGACUAUGAGGUGGACAGUGAUGAGGAAUGGGAGGAAGAGGAACCAGGAGAGUCCCUCUCUCAUAGCGAAGGGGAGGAUGAGGAGGAGGGAGGAGAUGAUGACAAUGACGAUGAUGACGGCUUCUUUGUUCCUCAUGGCUACCUUUCUGAUGAUGAAGGGGCGCUGGAAGAAGAAUUGGAUGGUGGCGACAUGGAAAAACAGAAAAUGCAGCAGAGACUGAAAGCAAGGGAGUGGGACGAGCUUAUGUCCACUAAGAAGAAGAUGAAGGUUCUGGAGCCAGUGGUGAGGGGCUGCGUCUGGGAGGGAGAGGGACCUGUUUCUGAGCUUUUCCAGCCCUAUGCUGUGUGUCUGGUGGAGCCUUUACCGAAGCCGGACACCAGCCCCAGCCCAAAUGAGCUGUCACAGAAGGCUCAAAGAGAAGAACAAUUACUCAAUCAGCUGCUGCCUCUGCUGCACGGCAAUCUCAACAGCAGCAAAGUGAUCAUCAGUGAGUUUCAGGAGUAUUGUCGUCAGCAGACCUCCUCGUCUUCAUCACUUCCUGAACUGUCCAGCCCUCAGAGACCUGCAGACAACAUUCCCACCAGAAUACAGCUGAAGCGCCUCAUGAAGAAAAACGCUGUUUAUGAAAAGCGUUCAACCUACAGACGCUGCUGCUGGUACGUGCACAAAGACUCUCUGUCCCGUUUUGGCCUGGAGGCUCUUCCAGUGCCCUGCCAGUGGACCUACCUCACCACAGGAGCUCGAGAAGAGUCCCGUGAAGAACCCCAGGCAGCCACAGGCUCUCAGGGAAACUCACCAACUACACCUCAGACCUCCUCCACCACAUCUUCAUCCUCCAACAAAAGGAAGAGCGCAGGCAGCAUGUCAAUCACCAAGUUCAUGAAGAGAUGUACUGACACUGAGCAGACGGAAGCAAUAGAAGCCGAUGGUUUUCAAGCUGACACUGAGGAAGACGAUGAGGAAGACUGCAUGAUCAUCUCUGCACAGAAUGGCUCAACCAGCGAGGGAGACGGUCUGAUGGAAGUCACCCCCUCUGACACAGCUGCUCUUCCAGUGGCCAGCGCUGCUCCUACACUUGCCACUGCCUGAGGACGGGGACAGGCCCUCACCCUGUCACCUCGGGAACCCUGCACCUGCCUCUAUCCCAACGCCCAUCUUUACUUAAUUAAAUUCCUCCUUCCAGGGUCUAAACUCUACUGUGUCCAAGACAGAAUCAAGCAAGAUGAAGCACAGCACUCUGGUACAGGCGAUCCACAGCAGGUCACGCUGGCGUCUGCUCAGUAUUAUGAGUUUCCUGUCACCUAAUUGUUUAAGUGUCAGGUCCCAUCUUGCCUGUGAAAUGUAGAUGUGUGUAAAAUCACAGUGCCUGAUUUGAGUAUUAAGGGCAAAUUUGACAAAAUGUUCAUUAACUAUGUGUCUGAUUUUUUUUGCAUUGACGUUUCAGUCAGGCACAUGUGUUGUGAGCAUCUCUCUGGCACUGCUUUUGCUACAGCAGAUUGGGUUGAACAGAAGAAAGAGCAGAACAGAAAUGCCUGAUUGUCAUGACAAGAAGCAUCCAAGACAUCAAGAACAGCAUUAUUUACGGUUUUGGAAAUGUUGACUUCAUUAUGUUAUUGGAUUUCUAAGUAUCUGGUCAUGCUCUAAAUGUAUAUAGUUUACCAGAAGUUAGAGUUGGGAAAUGACAGGCUACAAGUCCCUCCAUACGUUUCCCUUUGUGCAUUUAUUCUGCAAUUUCUAAU